CUCAUUUACAUCAAUAUUGUAUAUCUGUUUAUCUCCUUAAAGGAAAAGUAUUUACUUCAAUACUGUUAUUGUGGCAAUCUUAAAUAAUGAUACCAACUUCAUACCGAAAGUCCAAAUAUUAUAAAUGUAAAAUUUAUUAUAUUUGUACUUCUCCAACCUGCCAUGGUAGAGGAUUUACAUUAAAUAAUGUAUUUACUCUGACAGCAGAAUGCAAUGAUAUUUGCAAGUACUUGACUGCAAGAAGAGGAAUAUCAUUGGGAAGAAAUGAAGAUAAUGUGACUUCUGUGAAUAUUCAUGAACAAGAAGAUGGAAGUGCUGUGGGGAUUUCUGGGAUCCUUGAAGAAGGUCCGGAGUCGAUAUCCUUGAUGAUCAAUCCUAUUCGAGAAGAUGCUGAUUUUGAAUCGAUAAGUAGAAAUGAAGAGAUUGUGACUUCUGUGAUUAAUCAUGAACAAGAAGAUGGAGGUGCUGUGGGGAUUUCUGGGAUCCUUGAAGAAGGUCCGGAGUCGAUAUCCUCGAUGAUCAAUCCUAUUCGAGAAGAUGCUGAUUUUGAAUCGAUGGGUAGAAAUGAAGAGAUUGUGACUUCUGUGAUUAAUCAUGAACAAGAUGAUGGAGAGGAUGAUCUCCAUGUUUUACCAUUUUUGGACGAAAGUUUUAUAGAUGAAGAAGUUGUAAUCGAUAUCUCCAUUUCAGCUGAUAGCUCUGUAACUUUACCAAUAUCAGUUAAUAACAUUCAAUUCUCAUAUUUAAAUGUAGAACAGCCAUAUAAUUUUAUUCUUUCCCAAAAAAAACGUAAUUUGUUAUAUUCAAAUAAAUUUCUAUAUGUUCAUCAUAAGUUUGGAAUUUUAUUUAAAUGUAGACUAAGUCAUUGUACGGCAAGAGGUACAUUAUUAAAUAUGCAGUUUACAUUGACACAUAUUCACAACCAUCCUUCUGAAUCUGAGGAAGAGCAUUAUGCAAUUUUAGUAACUAUGAAUAAACUUAAAGAACAAAUUCGAGCGUACCCCUAUCAAAGCAAACGUAAAACAUAUAAUCAAGUUAUGCGUAUUAGAAAAAUGGAUCCUCUCGUUCAACUCUAUUCUAAUGCUCUACCAACAUUUCUAUCUGUCAAAACUAUUAUGAAUCGUGUUAUUAAAUCAUUGAGACCACCUUUGCCUCUUAUAAAUUCUGAUAUCCGAUUAUACGGGGAUUAUAAAUUAACACUUGAUAAUAAGACUAUUUUAAUUUGUAAUGAAAAUAAUGAAUUAUUAAUAUUUUCUACACAUGAACUACUUGAAAGUCUCUGUAAUGCCGACCAAAUUUAGAUGGACGGCACAUUUUUUUCGUGUCCUAUAUUAUUUAAGCAAUUAUACACUAUUCAUAUAAUGAUUAAUCAUACAAUAAUUCCUUGCGCAUAUAUAUUAUUGCCAAAUAAAAAUAAAGAAACGUAUCUAAAAAUGUUGAAUCUUUUAAAAAACUAUUGCCGAUCUAUAGGUUUUUCCUUUUCUCCUUCUAAAGCACUUAUAGAUUUCGAAAUGGGAGCACUUACAGCACUCGAAGAAAUUUUUCCAACCAUUUCUGUCAAGGGAUGCUACUUUCAUUAUUGUCAAUGUAUUUUAAGACGAAUACAGGGUAAUAGGUUGACAGCAUAUAGUCGUCUUAAUCCUGAUUUUAAGAGAUUUUAUCGCAGACUAAUGGCGAUACCUUUCUUAACCGAAAUCGACAUACCAUUGGUACUGUCAGAAUUAAAUAAUGAAGUAGAGGCCUUUAAUUUAGAUCCAAUAAGAGAUCUCUUUACAUACUUUAAAAGUACUUGGAUUAACCCAAACGCUAAAUUUAAAUAUAAGAUGUGGAACAUGUAUGAUGUUCAAGGUGUUAGAACAAAUAACCAUGUUGAGGGAUUUCAUCGUUCUUUAAAAGAGUAUAUAACAUAUUCUCAUCCUAAUUUAUAUCUUUUUAUUGAUAUAUUAAAACAAAUACAACAAGAUAUGGAUAUAAAAUUUAUCCAAUUGCGUAAUGGGAAAAAAGUUACCGAAAGAAAAAAAAAUACUGUAUAAUAGACGAGAAAAUCAGACAAGAAACAUUUUUAUAUUACACUACUUAUACACCAAUGCAGAAUUUAGAUAAAAUAUCAAGAUAUUUAAUAUCGAAAAAAAAUAAUGAUAUACCUGCUGACUAGAUUAUUUUUCAUUUAAUUUUUUUUUUCGAUAUUAAAUAUCUUAUCCAAGAUAUGCGAAAAUAAAGAUUUUAAUUCACAGAAAUAUCUUCGUAGAAUAUUUGAUUUUUUGACUUUCUAAAUACUACUAAGGUGUAUAGGUAGUGUAAUAUAAAAAUAUUUCUUGUCUAUUUUGCAGUAUUUUUUUUUCUCUCGGUAACUUUUUUCCCAUUUAUUUGUUUUAACAUAUCAAUAAAAAUAUAUAAAUUAGGAUAAGUAACAAUAAGUAAUAUACACUUAUAGAACGAUGAAAUCCUUCAACAUGGUUAUUUGUUCUUACACCUUGAACAUCAUACAUGUUCCACAUCUUAUAUUUAAAUUUAGCGUUUGGGUUAAUCCAAGUACUUUUAAAGUAUGUAAAGAGAUCUCUUAUGGGAUCUAAAUUAAAGGCCUCUACUUCAUUAUUUAAUUCUGACAAUACCAAUGGUAUGUCGAUUUCGGUUAAGAAAGGUAUCGCCAUUAGUCUGCGAUAAAAUCUCUUAAAAUCAGGAUUAAGAAUUCUAUAAGCUGUCAACCUAUUACCCUGUAUUCGUUUUAAAAUACAUUGACCAUAAUGAAAAUAGCAGGUUGGAAAUAUUUAUUCGAGUUUGUAAGUACUCUCAUUUAAAAAUCUAUAAUGGCUUGGAGAAAAGAAAAUACCUAUAGAUCGACAAUGGUUAUUUUUAGAAUUCUUUAUUUUUAUUUGGCAAUAAUAUAUACGCGCAAAGAAUUAUUGUAUGAAUAGUGUAUAAUUGCUUAAAUAAUAUAGGACACGAAAAAAAUGUGCCGCCCAUCAAAAUUUGGUCGGCAUUACAGAGACUUUCAAGUAGUUCAUGUGUAGAAAAUAUUAAUAAUUUAUUAUUUUCAUUACAAAUUAAAAAAAGUCUUAUUAUCAAGUAUUAAUUUAUAAUCGGAUAUCAGAAUUUAUGAAAGGCAAAGGUGGUCUCAAUGAUUUAAUAACACGAUUCAUAAUAGUUUUGACAGAUAGAAAUGUUGGUAGAGCAUUAGAAUAGAGUUGAACGAGAGGAUCCAUUUUUCUAAUACGCAUAACUUGAUUAUAUGUUUUGAUAGUUGUAAGCUCUAAUUUGUUCUUUAAGUUUAUUCAUAGUUACUAAAAUAUAAUUCUCUUCUUAAUAUUCAUCAGGCUGGUUGUGAAUAUGUGUCAAUGUAAACUUCAUAUUUAAUAAUAUUCCGAUAAUAGUUUUCACAGAAAGAAAUGUUGUUAUAGCAUUGAAAUGGAGUUGAACACUUUUGCUUAGAUAAAGUAUGUUAGAUAUUAACUUGCAUAUUCACAUUCAACAGAUUCAAUUGUUAUGCAUAUAUUUUUAUUAAAAAUCGUAAAAAACGUUAAAUUAUAAAGGUUGAAAUUAUUAUUUUUGGGGAAAAGUAAAAUUAUAUGACUUGAAUCGAUAUUUACAUUGUGGAUGUAUGUUGUUUUAUUUGUGAGGAAAAGAUUGGUGAAAUCGAUUACAUCUUUUUCAUCCAUAAAAUUU